AUGGUAAACAAGAAAAAAAGUCGCAUCCAGAAAAUUAUACAGCUACUCGAAAACAAUGAAGACGACAAAACACUGACUCCACAUAUCAUCGAAAUAGAACAGAUAUUCUUUGAAUGUUUUAACAAUGAAAAUAAAAUAAAUAGAAGGAUAAUUAACACUUAUGUUAUUCCGUUUGUAAACACACUGCUAGAACGUACUGAUAAUGAGGAUGCAAAAAUAAAUUGUCCCCGUAAGGAAAAAUUAUUAGAACGAAUAUUAAUUUUCUUCUCGUCUAUAUUGAGGAUAAAUAAAAAUUACGCAUAUUUAAUUGUAUCAUAUUUUGUAAAUUUAAUUGAGCAAAAAUCUUAUAUUGUAAAAAUUAUUGAUCAUUUAAAAAAGAUUAUUAUCCAUCUUUUGAAGGGGUUAUUAUUUUCCAAUUAUUAUUUUCACAAGGAAAAUGAUAGUUCUAUAUAUGAAAAUGAGGAAGAUAAAAAGAAUGAAUUGAAUAAUAUUAAGCAAGGAUUCCACAAUUAUGUCAUAUUAAAGUCUAAAAUUUUUAACAUUUUAACAAACUUUCAUUUUGAUAAAAGUGUAUCAGAAAAUCCAUAUAAAUAUGACUUAAUAAAAAAUUUGAUGCUUAUCUUGACAAAGGAAAUUUUAUUUUUCUUUCAUAUUUUAAAAAAUAAAAAAAGUAUAUUUAAAGAAAUAUUAAGUGAACAAAAACAAGUGCACCAUGUAAUUAAUGAAGUAUUUGAUAUAUCAUAUCUUAACGUUAUUACGGACAGGGUUAACAUGAAUAAUUAUGAUGAAAUUAUACUAAUCUGGCUCGAACAAGACAUUAGAUUUCUGAACGAUUUAAUUCUUUUUAACCUUAGUCAAAAUGUUAAUAACACGUAUAAUUAUACAAAAUGUGAACCCUUUGUGAAUAAAAUAAAGGAGAAACAAGAAGAAAGCGCACCAAUUGAUGGGCAUAUUUCGAUCUCCCCUUUCUCAGUGGCAAGUUCAAAUGAUGGGAGAGAAGAAAAAUUAAAAUAUGAACGAAAUGUUAAAAAGGAAUUUAUAAUUAAACGGGAAAAGGACGAGGAGCAAACAACAUUAAGGAAUGAGUUUGGUAGCACCAAUGCAGGCUUACCCAAGUUGGAGAUUUUCAACAAAUUGAUAUCUCACUUCAACGGCAUGCAGGAUGUUUUAUGGGGGAAAAAAGAAGAACCAGCUGAAAAUUUUAUGAAUUAUGAAAAUGGAUACCAAAAUGGGUACCAAAACAAAUGGGAAGUUGAGCACGAACAUUUCCCGUCUGAUAAACCAUGUGAAAGAGAAGGAAAAGAAGAUAGCCACGAACUCUUAAGGAAAUAUUUAAUAAGUACGGAUUGUCUGAUACGUAACAUAGAUCAAAUAACUAAGGAUAGCAUUGUUUUCCUGACCCAUUUGAUUAGAAACGUAUUUUAUUUGAUCCGUGAAGUUCCCUUUUUACUAAACUUUUUCCAUAAGAACAUUUUUGUGGUAGUGAGUGAAUUAGUGCGAAUACAGACAAAUAUAACGGAUGAAAAAAUAAAUUAUGAACAAGUGAAAGACAAUAUUAAUAUAGGAGAGGAUGGCUUCCCAUUUAAGGGAAGAAAUGGGUUCAUCACUGCGCAUGAAAAAACAAGCCUUAGUAAUUAUAAGAAAAAAUUGUUUAACUGUAUGCUUCAUUAUAUAAAAAAUGAACUUUAUUUGUUGUUAUGCAAAACUAACGUCAAUUUACCGUUUUAUUAUGCAUAUGUUACUAUUUUGUUAAACCUUUUGGGGGAAAAGGGAACUACAGAUGAAUUAACAAAAAAAAAAAGGUCAUCAAUGAGGAGCAUGCGUUUAGACCUUGAAAUAGAAAAGAAAAGAAAAGUGUAUGAAAAUAAUUAUAACUACACGUAUGAAUAUCUGAAAACAAAUAUUUUAAGAAAAGAUUUUUAUGGAUAUAAGAAAUUAAAAAAUGAACAAGUUGAUAUUAUGUCCUACUUAAAGGUAAAAAUGAAUGAAAAGGAAAAUGAAGAUCUUUAUAAAAAAGAGGAAAGAGAAAAUACUCUUAUAAAUCAAAUUAUUAAAAAGUUAUAUCUUACAAAUUUUAAAUUGGACAAAGAAUAUUAUGAAAAGUUUGAUUGCUUCAAAAAAAACAGUGUAAUAGAUCUUUUUCAUAGAACAAGCAAUCACAUAAACGAAUCUAAUGAUAAAGCAUUGAAUGAAGGAAGAAAUUGCCAUUCCGAAUUUUCCACCUCUAUUCAAGAUGUAUAUCAAAAAUGUGAUAGGAGGAUUACUAGUAAGGUGGGAAAUAAAGCAAUCGGGAUUUAUGAAGAAAAAUAUCCUAUAAGGGAAAAUUCGAUUGGACUUCAAAUCAAGGCUAACAAAUGCACCACGCAUACCCCAAUACACAAAAGUAAGAACGAAGGCAUAGUAGAUAUUCAGGAUGAAGAAACUAAUCAAGUGAAUCAAGAACGACAAGAGAAAAACAAAAUGUUAGAAGGAGUUCACAAACAAAAAAAUAUGACAAGAUAUUUCCCCAAAAGGAAUUACGAAGAUAUGUAUUCGAAUUUUUUAAAGAAUGAUUUAAAGUAUUACGAUAAUGUUAAAACAAAUGAUAGUAUACUGGGAAUGAUAGAAUUAUAUUAUUUUCUCAUUUUCUCACAAAUACUUAAUAAUAACCUAGAGAGUAAAGUUCAAGUUUUAGGAGAAAAUAUAUUUACUAAAAAAAUUUAUAAUCUAAAAGUUAUAAAUAAUAUUGUGAAGAGAAUAAUUUUAAAUGAUAUGUUGAAGGAAAAACUAAAAUUCUAUUUUCUUAUUCUGUACAUUGUGAAGGUUAACAGUGUGUGCAUAUUCAAUGGAAACACACCGAAUGACAUUUUCCUAAACUACUCUGCCAUAUUUAAAAUUUUUAAUAAUUUAUUAUUUUAUUCAUAUAUUCAGGAGAAAAGAAAAACACAGUUAAAAGGAGCUAGCAAGAAUAUGCUUCAGUUAUAUCAGUCACAUCCUACAUAUUACGAUAAUUAUGACUAUACCUUAGGAUACACAAUUUUUUGUUACAAAUAUUUUGAUAAAUUAAAAAAAAAAAUGAAAAUAAACGGAUAUGUAUACAGACAUGAGUUACAGAAAAAAAAAUUCAGUAUGAAAUGUAAAUAUGAUGAAAUUUUAAAUGUCAUAAUUUUCUUUUUGCAUAAUGGUAAAUUAUUAGCCACUCACCGAGAUCAAUAUAUUAAAACGUUUAUUGAGCAAAUUUUAGAAGCACCAAAGUUAUCCUUUUCAUUUUUUAUUUAUCUAAUUAUUUGGCUGAACAAUAUAGAUGUUCAUAUUGAUUACAAUGGAUAUAUUAACAAUUCGAAUAAUGAUCGUAUACCUUCCUCUAUGGAUGAUAUGAAAAAAAGAGAAAUAAUAAAUAAAAGAAUCCCAACAGUAUGUUUAAAAGUGGUAGAUGAUGAGAAAAGGAGAAAUGAUAUCACAUUGCACCGUACACAGAAAGGAAUGGAACCCAGUGAAAUAAUUAAAAACGGAAUUGCUAAUGUUAUGAAUAGGACAGAAGAGGAGCAACACAAGAAGCAAGCACAACAGGAGCAGGAUAAGAAAGGGGGAGCAGAAGAAAAGGAGGAUGGAAUUCUUUGCAAGAUUAAUCUGAUGAAAAAAGAAAAAAAUGAUGAUGCAUACGGUGCAGCAGAAAAUGCAGACAUACAUCUCACACCGAAUGGUGAUGACUGUUACUCUAAAAAUGAAUCACAUGAAGAACAACAAGAAAAGGAAAAUAACUGUGAUUAUUAUGAUGAAUACAGUGGUAGUGCUUCUUUUUCUGAUGGAUCCGCUUCUCACUUCGAUGUCGAAUUAAGCGAUUGUGAUGAUAGUGAAGAUUAUGGCACUGAAAAAACCAAUAUAGAUGCUUUCAAUUCAGAGCAGGGUGAGGGAAGAAAUAAAACCCAAAGUGAUGAUGUAAAAAAAAAUUUUAAUAUAUGUGAAAAUGAAAAUGUGCAAAAUGAUGAAACCUUUUUAGGUAUGUUAAAAAGGAAAACACACUUCAUUAAUACAAUUGGUAGUGAAGAACAUGAUGUUGAAAAUAAGACUAAUGUAAAAAAUACACGGAACGUUAAUAUUCUUUAUGCUAAUGAAGGAGAUCAUCAAAAUAAUACACACAAUGAUUUUACAAGCAAGAAGAACGAGGCUAAUGAAAAAAUAGACGAUCUUUCACUAAUUAAAUGUAGGAAAAGCGAAAUAGACGAAAAUAUUUUUAAUAUCAAUUAUUAUAUUAAAUAUUCCCACAAGUUACAAAAUUCAUCUAAUUAUUACAUUUUUUGUUUCUCCGUAAUUUCAAAUUUAUUGAAGAAAAAUCAAAAUAUAAGAGCCAAGAAAACCAUAUUAGCUAUAUAUAUAAAUACUCUAUUUAAAUCAUGUACUGAAAUAAGAAAUCUUUUAAAAAAAUUAAUCACUGCAUCUAAGGGAAUUUAUAAUAACACUUUAAAUUUUCUGGUUUAUACGAAAAGAAUAUAUGUAUUUUAUCAUAAAGUUUUCAUUUUAUUUUUAUUAUAUAUUUGUAAUAUGUACAUACCACAUUUAAAAAACGAUAUUCUCUUUUUCUCUCAUUUUGCUUUUUAUUUAUGGCCAAUGGAAUUAAUUAAUUUUGUUCAUAAUUUCUUAAUAACCAAUUUUUCCUUUUUUUAUAAUGAUAUCGUAUCCAUUUUUGUGAAUUAUGAGCAAAUAAAAUCCCACGAAAAGAGGAUGCGUUCUUUAAAAAAUUAUACCUUCAUUAAUGAUAAAUUAAAUGAAUAUCUAAAGGCCCUUGAUCAUCCGGAAUUUUUUCAAUCAGUUGAGGUAUUCUUAAGACAAACAGAUUUCUUUAACAGCGCCACAAUGUAUGGAGAUAGAAUUCACCCUUUUGGGAAUGCUCAUUCCUGCAUAGGUGAACAUGGGGAUAUGGAAAAAAAGGAAGAAACUGCAAAUUUGGAAAAAAUGGAAAAGGAGGAAAAAGUGGAAGAUGUGGAAGAUGUGGAAAAUGCAAGGCAGGUUGAGGUGGAAGAAACCGAGGAAUGCCUACACAAUAAUGAAAUAUCCCAGAAAAUUCUUCUGGAAGAAAUCUUCGUUCGUUUGUUUAUAGAAACAGUGGAUAUACUAGAAGAUAAUAAAAUGUUGACAAGAAUGAAAAAGGAAAACAUAUUCCUGAAUUUUGUGAGUAUUAAUUAUGUGGAUGAGUUGUGUAAAUUUGUUCUUUCGAAUGUUGAAAAGUCUUAUCAAAAGAAUAAAAUAGAGUUUUGGUCUCAUUUUUCUACACUUUUAUGUGAAUUAUCCUACUAUGAUAAAACAAAAUUGUUUGACGAAUCAAAAUAUAUAGAAUUGCGAGAUAUCUUGCACUUUUUUUUAAAUUCAAUUGACAAUUUCUUAAGUAUAUGCGUUAGAUCUUCCAUAUUUUUUCAUUUAUAUUUGUCAACAUAUUCAAAUUGUGUGAAAAAAGAAAUAAGGAAAAUUUUAUUAAGCAAGUUCAUAUCCGUACUCCCUUUGUUAAAGUCCAUAUUUCAUGAGGAAUUUUUUAGAAUUCUAAAAUAUAAUAAUAACAAGUGGAAUAAUCAUGAUGUUGAAAAUGAAAAAACAGGUGAUAAGUCUGGGGAUGAAAAGAAGCAAGAAGAAAGUACUACUAUUCCCGAAACGAAUGAUAUAACAGAAAAAGAUGAAGGGUGUGAACUGGAAAAAGACAAGGGAAUUAGUAAGGAUCACAAAGUGGAAAAAGAUGAGACAGGAAAUAUAAAAAUGGAGGAAACAGAUAAGUUAAAUGAAUAUAGCUCCUUUGAAAUUAAUAUAGAAAUUAUAAAAUAUGUAAGUAAAAAUUUAAAUGAAUGUACAACAUCAUCAGUGCCCUCGUGGGAAAGUCGCACGAAUUUUUUAAAUUUCUGUUUUAAUUUGUACUUGGAAAAUAAUAAUGUCCAUUUUAUUAUUGAAUUAAUUGGGUUUUUUAAAAAAGAACAAAUUCUUCAUAUAUUCAAUGAAAUAAUUAAAAAUGAUAUGGAAGAAAAUAUAAAAGUAGAAAUUCUAAAAUGUUGUAUUAAUAAUAUCAUAAAAUUGCCAUAUUUUUACAUUUUAGAAAAACAUAAUGAAAAUGAAAAUGAAUCAUAUUAUAUUACAAAUACUGAAAUUUUUUAUUUUUAUUAUAAUUUAAAUAAAAAUAAAAAUAUUCAAAAAAUUAUGCUAGAUUAUUUUGUAACAAAAGUCAAUUUGCAGACUGUAGGAGAGCAAGAAAAAAAAAUGUACAAUGAUAUUACAAUAAAAGAUUUAGCUAAUAUAAUUCAACAAAUUGCAGAAAGUAGUAAUCCCAUAUUUCCUAUAUAUGGUAGAUUUUUAUGUCAAAUUACAAAAAAUAUAAAUAUAUUACGAGAAUUUAUUAGCAGUAUUAUCAUACCUUUGUUGAUACAAAAAAAAAUAUGGAGCAACAAAGUCAUAUGGAAAGGAUGUUUAAUGUGUAUAUCAAUGUUAUGGACUGAUUUUAAGCAUUCUCUUUUUUAUAUUUUUUUUAUGUUACCCAAAGACGAAUGUACUGUGUUGUUUAACGCCUUAAAGCAGAAGUAUUCUAUAACAAGCGAUCUUAUUGAAUUAAUAUCAUCCAACGAACAGGCGAAACGAAUAUGCCCGGAAUAUUUGAAGAACUUGAUAAAUACAUGA